AGGUAGUGCGGUCGAUUAUUAAUGCCUUCAGGUUGCGACAGGUGAAUCCAUCGAGAGGUGACGUUCUUGGCUCGAUUACGCCGCCCUCCACGUAGAAGUUUGUUUUAAGAUGGCGGCGGAAGCAGCGCCGGAACAGUGCAGGAAGCGCCGCUGAGAGAAGCGAAGUUGGCGUCGGCAGCAAGUGCGCUCAGCGAGGAAGGGAGGGAGGGCGAGCCUCGCUCAGUGGCCGCCUGCUGUGACCCCCCGCUGGGACUCCGCGAGGCAGCAGAUGACCCCCCCUCCGGAGCUGUUAGUGCGGACGAGCCAGAGGAGCGCGAUGGUGGUACAGCAGCAGCAGUAGCGCCAGCAUCAUCAUCAUCAUCAUCAUCAUCAUCAUGGAGCUCUCCGAGCGGAGGCAACCUGUCAUCCACCUGUAGCGUCCACCAGCUGCGGCAUGGCCAACCCCAGCCUCGGCCCACCGAACCAGAUGGACGGCGGCUGUGGGGUGUCUGGGGGAGUCGUUGUGAAGAACGGCUCUUUAGGCAAAGAACAGACUCCCUCCAGCGCUGAGCCCAGCCGUACCGACCCCAGUCAGCUGGUCCUGCCCAGCUACAGGCCGUCCUGCUCCUCCACUCCCAUCUACUACAGCAGUCCCCAGAAAAACGGCUCUGACCUGGACCCCGACAGCCACAGCUUAACCUCUCAGGACUCAGGAAUCCCCACUCUAGAGAUCCACCCUCCGGACCCUGCCCUUCACAGCCACCAUCACCAAGGCGAUGGAGGCAUCCUGGACGCCAGCGAAGACUCUCCCGCCACUUUACCUCUAGACGACAAUGCGAGCGACAGCUUUGGCAUGCACAGGUCAUCCACGUUCCCCCGCAGUGGCUACGACUCCGUGCGGCACUUCAGCCCCGCCAUCAGGUUAACCGCCGCAAGCGGGCUAAGCGUUGGGGGCGGAGCCCUAAACCGCAGCGACGACAUCUCGGUGUGCAGCGUGUCCAGCAUGAGCACCGAGCUGUCGGUCUCCAAUGAGGACAUCCUGGAUUUCACCGUCACCUCCGACUCCAGCGCUAUUGUAACCUUGGAAACGGAUCUCAGCGGCUCCGCUCACUUCUCAGACGUGACGCUGUCUUCACCACCAGGGAACCGAGGACAUCCAGGCUCCGGUGUCAUACGGCAGGAUGAAGGAAGGCUCAAGAAACCGGGACCGUUUGCAAAUUUGUUCAACAAGAACCUGUUUGCCAAGAAGGUGAAGGACGGUCGAUCCCCGGAGCAAAAAGAUCCCGGUUGGAAGCUGUUUGGGAAAGUCCCGCUCCGGGAAGGCUCCAUGAAGGACCCCAAGAAGAUCCAAAAGGAAUAUGAAACAAAGAGUGGCAGAGCUGGACCCGGCAACCCGACAUCCCCCAGGCAGGGUGUGAGAAAGAACCUGGACUUUGAGCCCCUCUCCACCACAGCACUGAUACUGGAGGACAGACCUGCUAAUCUGCCCGCCAAACCUGCAGAGGAGGCCCAGAAACACAGACAGCAGUAUGAAGAGAUGGUGGCCCAGGCCAAGAAGAGAGAGCUGAAGGAAGCUCAAAAAAGGAAGAAGCAGCUGGAGGAUCGGUGUAAGCUCGAAGAGAGCAUCGGCACAGCAGCCCAGAUCUGGAACCAAGAGAUCUUACCCAACUGGAGUACAAUGUGUACAUCUCGGCGAGUGAGGGACCUCUGGUGGCAAGGCAUCCCCCCAAGCGUCAGGGGGAAGGUGUGGAGCCUGGCUGUGGGCAACGAUCUCAACAUCACGCACGACCUGUAUAACAUUUGUCUGGCCCGGGCUAAAGAGAAGUGGAGGACAGCAGUUCCCACCGCUGAGACGGAAGAUGUUUUAGAUUCAUCGGACCGGGAGUCGAGCCUGGAGUUGAUCAAGUUGGACAUCUCAAGAACGUUUCCCCAGCUGUGCAUUUUCCAGAAGGGCGGCCCUUAUUAUGACGUGCUGCACAGCAUUCUGGGAGCGUACACGUGUUACCGGCCAGACGUGGGCUAUGUGCAGGGGAUGUCGUUCAUCGCAGCCGUGCUGAUCCUCAAUCUGGACACAGCCGACGCCUUCAUAGCUUUUGCCAACCUGCUCAACAAGCCCUGUCAGAUGGCCUUCUUCAGAGUCGACCACAGCCUUAUGUUGACGUAUUUUGCAGCGUUUGAAGUGUUCUUUGAAGAAAAUCUACCAAAGCUCUUUGCACAUUUCAAGAAAAACAACCUGACCCCUGAUAUUUAUUUAAUUGACUGGAUCUUCACACUGUACAGCAAGUCUUUGCCACUGGACCUCGCGUGCCGGGUUUGGGACGUGUUCUGCAGGGACGGCGAGGAGUUCCUGUUCCGCACAGCGCUGGGCGUGCUGCGCCUGUAUCAAGAUGUCCUGACCACCAUGGACUUCAUCCACAUGGCUCAGUUCCUCACCCGCCUGCCAGACCUCAUCCCCCCUGAGCAGCUCUUCCAGCACAUCGCAGCCGUUCACAUGACCAGCCGCAACAGGAAGUGGGCGCAGGUCCUGCAGACGCUGACGGAGCAGAAGAAGUCGGGAGCGAGGCUGUCCGGUGCCGAGGCGCUGAGCUGAGGUCCGAGGGAGCGUCACACGCUAAUCCACUCAGACCCCCCCCUCCCGCUUUCAUGAAGUGCGGGACCUGAAAGAGACAGAGACCCCUCCCACCAGCCUGGGGGCACAUCCCACUGUAGCUGCUGUGAUGGAGCUCUUUGUUAGAGCCGUGUCGCUGAGCAGACCCUAAACCAGCAUCCACGAGGAGGGUCUGUCCGUCAUGAUGCACGGGCGCGUUAAAGGAAUACGAGGCCUUAUUUUACCCCCCCCAACACCCACCGUCCCCACACCCCCUCUACCCUCAAGCCCAGCAGCGAACUGGAAACUGUAGAUGGGGAAAAGGUGAAGAAUGUAACACACUCCCACGUUCAUGAACAUCUAGCUGGCUGACUCAGACCUCCACAGACGGAGGAAGCCACAGACAUGCCACUGAAGUUACUACAUCAGUCCCUCCACUCAUCUCUGAAUCCUCCGCUGUCAGCAGGCUCCACCCUGUUCCACUCGUCUCGUUCUUCCUCCGGUUAUUACGACGAGCCGCAUACAUUUUCUUUUUCCAGAUGUAAACCAGUCAGGGAACAUAAUUUUCACCUUAAAUUUCCACCUUUUGCUUUAAAUUCAAACCAAACUUGACUCCAUUGUGAGUUCAAACUUUUUUGCUUUUUAGUCAGUUUGCACAUUAAUCAUUCCUUUUUGCCGUCUGAAAGUGAUUUCUCAUGGUGUUGUGUGUGUCUUAUUUUUCUUAGGGUUGUUUUCUGAAUCAUUCCAUUAAUUCAAAUCCUCUGACCUUUCUUUGCAUUAAAAUCCAAGAAGCUGCAACGCGAGCGCAGCCGAGCUUGAAGACCUGCUGGCGUGCGGCGCUCCUCCCAUGAUAGCAAUGAAACAACUCUUAAUAGAGUUCAAAUAAGCUGCCUGGAAGGUUGUUUUUUUAUUUUUUACAUCCAUAAAACUGUGUGAACUCAAAAAAAAAAACAUUUGACAAAGUUGGUCUAAACACUGCAGAUGUUGAUUUUUUUUCUUUUAUGCUUUUAAAUGUUUGUGGUACAUUUCAGCUUUGUAGUGUCCUGGUGUGUGUGUGAGGUCUUUGUGCGAUUAUUUAAUAUUUAUCAAAGAAAAAAAAAAAGUGACGAGUAAUGAACAGGGCUAGUUCCUCUGAAAUGAAAUGAAGGCUUGUGGCUAAGUUUCUCCUCUGCAAGUGAGCUGGGUGUAAACAUGUCGCAUCAGGUUUGCACACAGAUCAGGCUUGGCCGCAGGGUGCGUGUCUACCUGAUCGUGGUUCUGGGGUUUCUGCACACAUGGCGGCGAGAAAGCUGAACGUGUGACUAUGUUUUAAUGGUUGAGAUAGGAGCAGGUUACUUGAUUUAUAAAAACGAAUGCAGAAACCAGCACUUUUCACCGUCGUCUCUGUUAAAACGUGUAAAACAAAUGAUGGUUGAUGUUGAAAUAAACUUCAGAUUCUCAAGCUAGCUCUGCAGUUUAGGUCCUGGAUCCAGGAAGGAGCCGUCGGGGGUGCUGAUGGCGAGCUUUAACGUGGGGUCCCUGCUGCAUCCUCAGCUCCAAACUACGUUUCAGCCUGCCAAUUGGUUAAACAGCAGUUCACAACUGAAGCUGAAACAUGAUGAUUUUUGUACAGAUAUUAAUGUUAAAAGCUGACUUAUACUGCACGACUGAUUUAAUGACUCAUGAAUUGACAGAAAACAUUAAGCAGCAGUGAAACGUUGUAAAACCUCUGGGUUUGAAACGCUGGCCCACUCUUAAACACCUGUCAACACGAUACGCUCCUGGUUUAGACGGGCUCCUCCAAAGCGGCGCAGGAUGUUAGGAUCCGGCGUUGACGCCGUUUCAGUCAGUCUUUUGUGGCCUUCAGUGGAUUCACACUGUGGUGAACGUGUCAUCCCAUCGUGACCAGGAGCGGGUGACGCCUGUAUGUGAAGUGCUAGAAUCUGUGAAGUUAAUUGUUUUUCUUAAGCUAAACGAUCCACAUUUGCUUUUCACCAAAAGUGCAUGAAACAAUUGUCUAUCUGGGGAAAAAAAAUAAAAAAUUCAGGCCAGUUUUUGCCUAACCGGGUUGAAAGGCGCAGAAUCUCGAUUGGCCGUUUGGAUCUGAAAGCCAAACUCGGUCAUAAUUGCUGCUUUCUGUCCUGAUUUGCGUUGCUGCUGCAUUUAUGUGAUGUGACCUUUUUCUUUUUUUGCCCUGUGAAAUGAUGCAGGUAGAUCUCCAAAUAGAGUCUUGAGAUGUUUCAAGGUUUAAAAACAAAAACUGUUUUUGACUGCUCGGAUUCACCUCAGGGUCCGUAGAAGGCUUUCUGUUUGUUUUCUGCUUUCACACCAUCCUGUUUCUGCACCCCACCACCACCAUCCAGCUCCUCCUCUGUGGUUAAGACAAAAACCCACAGGACUUCUAUAAAGCUUUUUGCACAAACAUGUCGGCCUUUGCAUUGAGUUGUGCCUCGCACCGUCACUAAAUGUCAUCACUCAUGGUUCAACGGGUUUCCGUCUCUUUUGUCGUCUUGUUCAGUUUUUUUUCUGUGCCGAAGUUGUUUCGUGUCGAUCUUUUCUCUGUAACCUGUGCUUGUGGUAAGAAGGUAAUUGCACAAAGAUGUUGGUCACUAAGAUGUUACAUUAAAGGCAAAGCCUGGUAUUAUCUAUCAACACUACCUGUCCACGCUUUAAUCCACGGCACCUUUGCUCCGUAAUCAGGUUGAUUUCUCGGUUUUGUUUUACUUUAAUUCCUUUUUUUUUUUUAUUUAGAGACCCGUGUACUGUAGAGGACUGAAACAUUUGUGCAGACAGCAGAAGGUAGUCAUGCAAUUGUAUCUCACUUGAAAUGUAUAUAAAUGAUGGUUUUAUCGAAAAUAAAAAGCUCUACGUA